ACAUGGCGGCCGCCAGGGACAGCGUGGAAGCCGGGGAGGCCGAGGGGACCGCGGGGCGCCAGGGCAGCUCGGGAGUGGAGGUGGUGUUUCCUUCCGACCCGGCCGCUGCCGCCCCGCUUUGCCCUCACGGACCCACUCUUCUGUUUGUAAAGGUGAGCCAAGGAAAGGAAGAAACACGGAGGUUUUAUGCCUGCUCAGCCUGUAGAGAUAGAAAAGAUUGUAAUUUUUUUCAAUGGGAAGAUGAAAAGUUAUCAGAAGCUAGACUUGCUGCCCGAGAAGCUCAUAACCAAAGCUGUCAACCUCCACUGUCCCGAAGGCAGUGUGUGGAAAGGUACCUGAGGUUCAUUGAGUUGCCCUUGGCUCAGAGAAAGUUCUGUCGAAGAUGUCAGCAGUUGCUGCUACCAGAGGACUGGGGGGAGCAUCGCAAGCAUCACCUGGUGGGUGAUAUUUCUGUCACCCAGCUAAGAAGGCCUAGUCAGCUCCUUUACCCACUGGAAAACAAGAAGACACAUGCACAGUAUCUGUUUGCUGAUAGGAGCUGUCAGUUCUUGGUAGAUCUUCUUUCCACCCUUGGAUUCAGAAGAGUACUGUGUGUUGGAACACCAAGGUUGCAUGAGCUGAUCAGGUUGACAGCACCAGGAGACAAGAAGUCUAAUAUUAAAAGUCUUUUAUUGGAUAUUGAUUUUCGGUAUUCACAGUUUUAUAUGGAAGAUAGCUUUUGCCAUUAUAACAUGUUUAACCAUCAUUUCUUUGAUGGAAAGGCUGCCCUUGAGGUGUGCAGAGCGUUCUUACAGGAAGAUAAAGGUGAAAGAGUCAUUAUGGUGACAGAUCCCCCUUUUGGUGGCUUGGUUGAGCCUCUGGCUAUCACAUUCAAGAAGUUAAUUGCUAUGUGGAAGGAAGGUCAAAGCCAAGAUAACAGUCACAAAGAACUGCCCAUUUUCUGGAUUUUCCCUUAUUUUUUUGAGUCCCGCAUUUGUCAGUUUUUUCCAGGCUUCUGCAUGCUGGAUUACCAGGUUGAUUACGAUAAUCACGCACUUUAUAAACAUGGAAAGACAGGUCGAAAACAGUCUCCUGUGCGUAUUUUUACCAACAUUCCACCCAACAAAAUAGUCCUUCCUACCGAAGAAGGGUACAGAUUUUGCCCUUUGUGUCAACGAUAUGUCUCUCUCGAGAAUCAACACUGUGAGCACUGUAAUUCUUGCACAUCCAAGGAUGGCAGGAAAUGGAAGCACUGCUUUCUCUGCAGAAAGUGUGUAAAGCCUUCCUGGAUCCACUGUGGCAUUUGCAGUCACUGUGCUGUUCCAGAUCAUUCCUGUGAGGGCCCUAAAGAUGGCUGCUUUGUGUGUGCUGAAUUAGGUCACAAACGCAGCACUUGUCCUAACGUCCGCCUCUCUGCCAGCACUAACAAAGCUGUCAGAAAGCAGAAGCAAAGAAAAAGUAAUAAGAUGAAAAUGGAGACCACUAAAGGACAAUCCAUGAAUCAUACAUCUGUUACAAGGAGGAAAAAGAGGAAGGAAAGAGCCCAUCAAUAUCUCUGCUCUUAAAUGUCCAGUGACUUGAGAAUAAGAAAGAUUUAUAGUCCAACCUUUGAUGCCAUUUUCUGCAGUGCCACACUGCACUUAAAUUCAGUCACUUUCAAAGGUAGCACCUUUCUAAGCAUGAUAACAGGCAGGUGGCAUUUUCUGGCUUAUACAGUCCCCUCAUCUGCUUCUCUGGAGACCUGGGGAGUUUUCCAUUCUCAGCUGUUUUCCUUCUUCUCGUUGCAUGCUUUUCCCCUCUUUAACUCUCUCCCAAUCUUAUUAUAUUGGCCUCUUUUGUCCGAAAAAUGGGUAUACAGCAUUCUUUUGAAGAUAUCAGAAGAAAAUGAAAGUGAAAACCUGUUAAGUUUUGCUUACAUUGAAUUUUUAUGUUAUUUUAAUAUGAGAGUCUUUGGUUAGAUACCAAACAAUGGUUUAAACCCCUCUUUCAAAGAAAAGUGUGAUGUACAAUUAUUUUUAGAUUGAAUUUGAAGAUAAGGGAAAGAAUUUUUACAAAGGCAUGUAAAGAUACAGAGGUUAUAAUUAUAACUAUAUUAUUAUUAGAUGUGUAUUUUCCAGUGCGUUUUGCUGUUGUCCUUUGAUGGUGUAGUAUCACUUAAAUGGAUGAAUGAGACAUCAUUUAGAAUUAUGACUUGCUCUUUCACUUCAUUGUCUUUUAAAGUAUGUUGUGUUUUCUUUGGUGGGGAGGGAAGUUGUUUGUCUUUGCUUUUGUGAGACAGGAUCUCACUUCAUAGCCCAGGCUAGCCUCAAAUUCUGGAUCCUAAAAAGGGUCCUAGUUUGCUGCCACCUUCUUCACAAUAUUAUCAGUCCCUCCAGUGGAAUAAAAAAUGGGUGUGUGUUUGUGUGCUUUCAUUUUAUACUUUUAGGGUACUUAAAUUCUGCCCUCUAUUAGAGUGGCUGCUUGUACUCGUUUACCUCUGUUCAGAUUAGAAGCUUAUUGAUGGCAGUCUGUUGUCAUAGGGUUGGUCACUGGAGCUCCUAGAACCUUGCCUCAUACAUGUAGUAUCUGAGACUCCCAUCUGCAUCUGCAUCACAUGUGGUUUGGUGAUGGGAAGCAGGUGGCCAGAACAACAUGCUGUCCUGGUAGUCGGUGCUCAUAAAUCCUAGUUCAGUGAAUGAAAAUGCCAUUUAAUAGACUGCUUUUUCCUCAGAGGCCUGACUGUGCCAUGUAAGAUGCAAACACACUUAGAGCCACUUAGGUAAGGAAAACUCACUAAAUGCCAAGAAAAUCCAAUUUCACUUAUUUGAUGUGAUUUUAAUUGGAACAUUAGGACAUGGGUUAAAUUACUUGAGGGUUAGCUAAGAAGGUCAGUGCAAAAGAGUGAAGAUAAGC